AUGGAGUCUGGGGAUCACACUGCCCAGUACCAUGAGAAGUCAGGUUGGAUAUAUGGUUGGUCAAAGAACACACUUGAACGAAUUCAAGAUGAUCAAUAUCAGAAGAAUUGGGAAACAAAUAUCCACUGGCCUUUCCGAAGUCAUGUGGAAUGGAGACUGGGCAAAUUUCCUGCUGAGAACCUCACACAGGCUCAAAUCAAUACUUUCCUCAAACCAUCAUUCACAUCAGCGUGCCAGCUCCUUGACUGGAUGGACACCCUGCCAUCGGGGCCAGGGUGGCAAGUAAUGCAACUUGAGGUUGAUGGCUAUGACACAGGGAAGAAGAUCAAUCUUAUUUAUUGUGAUGGACUAGAGGUUGUAGAGAGCCUUUUCAGAAACCUGAUUUUUGCCCAGAAUAUGACUUUUGACCCACUUUGCAUACAGAGAAAUGGAGAGGAGGAAUACAGGGAAUGGUUCACAGCACAGGAGGCGACAUGGAUCCAGGACACUCUCCCUGAUGGCACAACACUUGUUCCUGUUAUUGCUGCUUCAGACAAGACACCCGUUACAAGGUACAUGGGUGGGCUUGAGAUGCACCCACUUUUCCUCACAAUUGCCAAUAUUGACGCCAAUGUCUGUAUAAAGGCCACAGCACAUGCCUGGCAAUGUGUGGCUUUUGUGCCUGUUGUCAAAUUCGAGGUUCAUUCAGAUUACCAGAUGAUCUUGCAGUCCCGGCUCUGGCACAAAUGUGUCGACAUUGUCACAGAGAAGCUGAAGCGUGCUGCCAAUUGCGAAGAGUUCAUGGCUGAUCCAUUUGGUGACGUCCGAUGUUGUUACACACCUUUGGUUGCAUGGACUGCAAACCUGCCAGAGCAACAGCUGAUCGCCACUCCCUUCCACAUGAAAGCCUACACACUUGACCUCAUCCACGCCAUCAGUUGUCAAAAGAAACCUUGGGACCUCAACACCUUCCAAAAGUUGGUGAAGGCUAAUCACCUCCUUGGGGUACAUCUUCCAUUUUGGCAGGACUGGAAAAAUAGCAAUGUUUGCUGUUUCCUCAUCCCUGAAAUUCUCCACAUGGUCCACAAGCUUUUCUUUGAUCAUGUGUUAAAGUGGUGCAAGGAGGUGGUUGGGAGCGACAAACUUGACACCCACUACAAGAUCCACCACAAACAUGUUGGGGUGCGCCACUUUGCUGCUGGUGUAUUGCAUGUGAGCCAGAUGACAGGCCAUGAAUAUUGCAACAUCCAAUGUACUAUUGUCCCUAUGAUUGCUGGCACUGCCCCUUCCAUGAUGGUUUGGCCUGUCCAUGCACUCAUUGAUUUUUUCCAUCUCACUCAGAGGCUGCUUCACACAGAAUCAUCAAUUAGAAGCAUGGAAGCAUCACUCUCAGAGUUUCAUUCAACAAAACAUGCCAUCAUCACUGCUGGCAGUCACUUGGGGAAAGAAAACUUUAACAUCCCUAAGCUGGAGCUUUUGUUAAGCUUUGCAGAUGCUAUUAGAAGGAGUGGCAGUUUGAUACAGUAUAGUGCUGAUGUCUCAGAGUGCCUGCUCAUUACCCAUUGCAAGACUCCAUUCACUUGGAUGAACAAGCAGCCCAAUUUCACCAAACAGAUCAUCUGCCUUCUCGACUGCGAGGAGCAUAUGUGCCUCUUGGAUGUGUACUUCCUACUUCAUGAAUACAAUGAACCCUUGGUCAAUGCUGCCAGCAAUGAAGAAGAUCUUCUCUGUUCAGCAGAUCCUACUUCAGCAUGGGUCUCCAAUGGUAUUAGCUCCAGUGGUGCCACAGCUGCACUGUCCAUUACAAUCACUCCUGACCACACAAAAUUCAGGAUUGUUGAUAUUGGAGACAUUUACAUGCUUCCCGACUUCACUGCUAGGCUCAAGGAAUACAUUUUGCAGUGCACAGGAGGUUCAACAUCCCACUCAAUCUUUCAGUCAUUCAACAAAAUUAUGGUCUGGCAUAAAUUCCGUAUUCAACGGUAUCAAGUGGUUCAAGCUCAGCCUCUGUCAACUAGCUUCCCCCUUGGCAACUGUGACGCUGUCCUUCUGAAUGUCAAUGGGCAGAGUCAACACAAUCCUGGUUAUCACAUUGUACAAGUACGAGUAGUAUUUUGGAUGGCCUGCUCCCACUGCUCUCAAGAGCCACCUCCCCCCUUUUUAGCUCAGCCUCUCCUUUACAUUCAGCCAUUCCAUAUCAUCGCAACACCAGAAAGUCAACUAGACACAUGCCUGUGGAUGCUUGAGAGGGUAUACUCCCCCUCUUUACGUCCAACAUUGGCUUGCCAUGUUGGCUUUAUUCUUCCUUUAACUGAAGUUUGUCAUUCAGCAGACCUAGUGCCUGUGUUUGGGAAGGAAGUAGACCACACAGUGACACUAGCAAAAUUGCAGGAGGUGUAUCAAUGCUUCUACCUCAACUACUAUACUGACAAGGAAGCUUUCAAUACAUUGUAUGAAUAUAGAUCAGUACAGAUCUAG